AUGUCUGACCCAGGUUCGCUAUUUGGUUCGCCUCCACCAUCACCAGAAGGCCCGAGGACAGUCGCACUUGCGCUGCCCGGAGCAGAAAACGUGGGGACCAUUGCACUUCCUGGUUCCCCGAUCCGUUCUGAACAUUCCAAUGACCUGCCAGCCUCACGCCUGCGCACGCGCACGGAUAUAAUUUUUGACAAUGACCGCUCGGACGGUCAAAGUACUUGUCGUGCGGGGCCCUCGCGGAGGCGUACGGCUCGCGUGCAUGCUGAAAACGCUUUUCGUGACUCUGCGUCUCCCCGGCCAGAGCGUCCGCCGCCCCCGCCGCUUGUCCUGCCCGAACCCGGCGAAGCACCACCGCCCGACUUGCUUCGGAGUCAGGCUGCUUUGCUGGGCCACGCCGGUUUGAUCGCCGGCGUGCGACCGGCGGACUUGCCUAGGGAGGGCCACGGAGACGGCGCGAGCGCUGCUCGGCCGAUUGUGGUACCAGAAGAAGUUGCGCCGCCUACCGCCCUUCCGAUGCCUAAAUCGUCGACCAUCUUGACGGCUCUUUCACGAUCGACCAACUUGGCCCUCGUACUGUCGUCACUUCAACGUACGCUGAACGAAUCGAGUCGGUCAAGGCAAUCUACACUUCGCGGCGUCCGACGAUCACGACGAGACAUGGAAGACGAAGACGAGGAAAUGAACACGCAGCAGCGACCCGCGAAGGAGCGAGACCCACUUGCAGCGCCACCCGUCAAGCGCCGGAAGUUACGACGCGUCCCUGCUGGAGCCGUGGAUUGGGACGUACCAUAUCCGUUCAAAGACGGAGAGGGCCCCGAGACAUAUGAGUUGAUGUGGCAGCGCGACCGACUACGGUCUCUUGUGGCACAAUUGGUCGGCUUGUUGAAGUCAGCUACUCGUUCUGCAGCCGCACGCGAGUAUCUCCUCCGCAUAGGUGCAGAUGCACAAGGACGCGACAUCGCUUUGCAGGAAGCUCGAAGGAUUGGUCGUAAACCAGGUCCAGCAAGCAGUGAAGGUGCCCAACGGCAGGAUGGAGACGCCUCGUCCUCCAACGCCGAUCCUCUCGCCGACCAAAGUGUGGUCGAACAGAUUCUCGCCGGCUUGUACUCAAUGCCCCCAUCAUCAUCGACUUCAUCUUCACAAUCACCGCAAACGGCUACCAACCCCAUGGACGAUCUUUUCGCCUUAUUUGACUCGACCACAGCUUCGCAACCUUCGACGUCCUCCCCAGACGUGUCCACCGACCUGAACGCUCUCUUCGACGGCGUAAACUUUGAUGCUCUUCUCCCAGCCUCCGGCGAGUUCGACUUGAGCUUUCUCGACAUGCCCCUCGGAGAUGACUUCUCCGGCGCUAUUCCGGAGCCCUCGAACUGGGACUGGAGCGUCAUCGACCCCUCUCUGCAACCCAUUCCGCCCUCGACAUCCGAACCAGCUCAACUGGCGGCAAGUAGCACGCAGCAAGCACCCAGUCAAUCCGCCCCGUUCUCCACCCAACCGCGACCGCGAAACACAUCAGCGUCGUCGACCCCUCAACUAGCGCUCAGCCCGAGCGUCUCAGCGUACUCGUUUGGACCUCCGACUCCGCACACGGCAUGGGAUAUGUUCAGCGACACAAAUCUGGGUCUGGAUCAGCCAGGGCUGGGUGGUAUAGUACAACUCGACACGGGUAAGGGUCGACAGCAAGAGUCUUCGGUUGCGCAAGACGAGGAUGCAAUGGACGUCGAUCUUCCGGAUCUAUCUCAGCAAGAUCAACAUACGACUGCGGGUGUUCAUGACAUCAGUCCGGCUUUUCAAGAUCGCCUGUCUGAAGGGCAGUCGGCAGGCGCUCCGGUCCCUCCAAUAUCGGCCUCAUCAGCCUCGAUACCUCCCUCGCGCCCACACUCCCUCGCGCCAAGCGAUCCCCUCCUCACCCUCGCCGCCACGCGCCUCAAAGACGACGACGUAAUCGCCGCCCAGCUCGCAGCCGUCAGCGCCGCACAACAAGAGCGCGAUGCGGAGUUCCUGCGGCAGACCGAGGAACGCAACGCGCAGAAGCGCGCCGAGAAGCGAGGAACCUCAGUUUUCUCAACGUCAACGCGGUACCCUUCCGUCACGCCCACGCAUGUUCCAUCCGGCCCUGCUACGCGUCGCGGGUCCACCGCAACACCAUCUCGCGGAUCUUCAACAGCACCAUCAAUUGCGACACCGGAUAAGGGCAAAGGCAAAGCGCCCGCACCCGCGCCACCUAUAGUGCCAGCCACGGGCAAGAAGGCGACUGAGCGCAGCGAGGCACGCGCGGCGCUUAUUGAGCGUGCGAGGGCGAGGAAGGCUGCUAUCGAGGCUGAACUGCCGAGGGCGAACUUAGCGCUUUGGGAGACGAUGAUUGAGCAUACUGUGCUGGCUCAUAUGAUCAAGGAGGCGACGGGGAGUGUGCCGGAGGAUCCGGCGGCUGUGGCGGACAGUCAGAAGAAGGGGAAAGCGAAGGGGAAGGGGAGGGCGAGGUAG